AUGACACAAUUACAUCUUCUCUUGAUCUCAUUAUAUCUGCUUAUUCUCUCCAUCAAUUUCACCAAAACCAUAGCCCAAUCACCUGCACCUGCUCCUGCACCAUCCGGCCCCACAAAUGUCAUAAAAAUACUCAAAAAGGCUGGCCACUUCAAGACCUUCAUUCGCCUUUUGAAAUCCACUCAAUUGGAUAGCAAUUUAAACUCCCAGCUUGGCAACACCAACAAUGGCUUGACCAUCUUUGCUCCGAGUGAUAGUGCAUUUUCAACCCUUAAAUCAGGCACUCUCCACUCAUUAACUGAUCAAGAAAUGGUCGAGUUGAUGCAGUUUCACAUUGUCCCUAUGUUUAUCUCGUCUUCCCAAUUUGAUACCGUGAGUAACCCUUUAAAAACACAUGCUGGAUCUGGUACAAGGUUUGAGCUUAACGUUACCACUAGUGGGAACUCUUUGAACAUAUCUACAGGACUUACCAACACCACUAUCUCAAACACUGUAUACUCGGAUACCCAUCUUGCUAUAUAUCAGGUCGACAAGGUGCUACUUCCUUUGGAUGUAUUCACCCCUAAACCCCCGGCACCGGCACCAAUGCUUAAAGCAGAUAGCCCUGAGUCUGAUGAUGCUGUUUCUAAGAAGGAUGUUUCUACCGCUGUAAGUUUUGCCAUGCAUCAUGAUACGGUGCUCUUUCUAGUCGGUACUGUUGCUGCAAUAUCGUUUUCUUUGUGA